AUGAAUUUUAAUGUCUGGAAUGUCAAAGAGAUGCUCAGUAUUCCCUUGGGCUCUGGGCUCACUAAACCAUCUAACUGGAAUAGUAAUCAGACUGACUGUUCUUCUCCCAGUGAUUCCCAGUUCCUCUUUGGAUCUCAGUUCUGUCCUGAAAAUUCAGAGUCUCUGUUACCAUCCUUGGAUGCUGGUGCUUAUUUAAAACACCCAAAACAGACACAACAGAAUUCUGUAGAUAAUGAACCUAGUAUUUUCACAAAAUACCAAGCAAAGCCCCAGUUGUUUGGAGGAGAUACAAAGGGUGAAGGUUUAUUUUCUCUUCCUUUGCCAGUUGGGAAAUCAAAAGGACUCUCAAAACAGUUUGAAGAGAAAAAACGAAGGGCAACGGACCAAUCUGACAGUGAGACGCUGCACAACUUUGUUUCUCAUUUUCCAGAAGUCAUUCACAAGUUGCAGACAUCUGUGGAAAAGUCUGAGGAACACCUCAGCUCUAGAAGCCAGUCUAUUUUAGAUUCUGUGGAGACCAUAGCCAAGACCUUUCAAGAGACUGCGUGGGUCCAGCGUGACCUGAUCGUUGAGGCAAUGAAAGACAAAGGCAGUGUGGAGCAGGCCAUCCUUGAGAUACAGAGAACAUGUGCAGCUAGACAAGCAGAAUUGAUGGAGAUGAAAUCCACCCUGAAGAACCUUGAAGUUUUAGUUGUCCAGCAGAGUAAGAACUUCCAGCAACUUUGUGACAACCUGGGCCAGCUCCUUGUGCCUGGUGUCCUAGAAGAGCUGAAAAAAUUCACCUCUGUGCCUCAGGUGGCUAGGCAUCUGAAAGACAGCACCUCUCAGACCUCACCAUCUCUGACCGAGAGCCUCCAUUUUGCUGGGCAGGAAAAGUAUCCCUCGGUAGAACCAGCGACUUGGCAGGCCCAGGAGUCUCCUGCAGAAAAUCCCAGUAGGAGUUCCCAGAGACCUGGGGAGUUUGGUGUCUGUGAUGAAGAAGCCUCAGAGAGUGAUGUUUUUCAAAAGGCUGCAUUGACAACAGGCAGGCCCCAUAGAGGCAGUGAGCAUGUGAAGAGCAAGACCACGCAGACUUACUGCAAGAACUGGGUUAUGACCACCAGAAACCUCAGUAACCACUUCUCUAGCCUCCCAAGCCAGAAGGCUGGCAAUGACCAGGGUCUAAUUGCCCAAGGAGCUUCACAGCUGGACUUAAAUAAGUUAGAAGCCAGAGAGAAGAAUGCCUGUCCUGAACAUGAGGCCCAAAGCAUGUGGUCUUUUGACUCAUUUGAACAAUCAGCAACUGUACAGAAAGGCGGGACCUGCAGAAAAAGGAGGAGAGGCAGGAAGCAGCAACCCAGGAGAGCAAAGAGAGGCCGGCUUCUAGCUAGGAAGCUAGAGCAGACCUCAAGGAAGACCUGUAAUUUUAUGGCUAGCCAUCACUGUCCCCAGUCUCCAGUGUGUGAUCCACAGGGGCCCCUCAUCUGUUGGCCAACUCCGAGAAGCUCCGAAAAGCCAGGCUGUCAUAUUUUGGAAGAAACAGGAGAGAUCAGUAAGACAGCAAGGGCCGCGCAAGGGAACCUCCUGCAGUCUUCCCAGCGCUCCUCCACAGACAGCAGUUCCCAGGGGGACCAGCAGAUGAACUGGUUCAGUGACCUCAGCCUUGAAAACCUAGAGCCUCCUCUGUGUAAGAAGGGAGGGAAGAAUUUGCUCUGCGAUCCGGAUUUUGAUAGCAGUGAUGAUAAUUUCUAA